AUGCGAUCGUCGUCGACGUCGCGAUCGACGCGCACGGACGCGCGCGCGCUCGGACGCGCCGCGCGGGCGCCGAAUGCGAAUCGACGAAACCCUCGGCGCGGAAACAUCGCGACGCCGCGUCGCGCGACGCCCGCGGACGCGCUCGAUGAGAAGCGAAUGAGCGACGAGGAGUACGUCGCGUUGAAGCGGGAGCUGAGCUCGACGACGCUCGCGCACGGCGCGGCGCUGUCGGCGUACUGCCUGCUGGGGUACGGCGUCGCGCCGGGGCUGAGCGCGGCGCUCGGCUCGGCGGGCGCGCUCGGCUACCUCAGAUUGCUCCAAGACUACGUCGACGGCGUCAGCGAGAGCUUAGAAAAUGGGAACGUCAGCGAGGCGGAUUACACGCGAAAUUUGGUGUACGAACCGGUGACGGACGUGGGCGCGAUGCUGAGCGGCGCGUUCGGCAAAGUCGGCGGCGUGUACUCGAGGGCGCUGCUGCAGAGACGACUGUUGGUGCCGACGGCGCUCGUCGUGUUCACGGCGUGCUGGAAUCGGUUGGAUUUGCCGUUUGAUUUCUCGUACGGGGCGACGUUUUGUGGGUUUUUGUGCUAUAAGACGGCGGUGUUGGCGAAGACUUGGGACAUACUCAAGCCGUUGUUGUUGGAGGCGCCGCGAGAGCGGUGA